AUCAUGGCCGAUUUCACCGAAUCAACAGAAUCCUUGAAUGUGUGGAGGCGAGGCCGGCGAGGCUGCUAUGAUCUGUGCUGCAAAACUACAGCAAAACGUUUGUGCCCGGAGUGUGGUGUGGUCGCUCGGUGGUACUUCAUUCCUGGUAGUGCAUACCGCCGACGAAGUUGCAAUAGAAUGACAUUUUAGUGCUAGGAAUGGCCCAGCCAUGUUCAUUUUGUCCGACCGUGCUCACCGAAGUCCACAUACUCUGCGUCGAUUGCGAACCGAAACUGGCGAUCUGCAUCCGCUGUUUCUCCAAGGGCGCGGAGUCCGGGACCCACAGGAACGAUCAUCGCUACACCGUUGUGACGACAGAGUUCCCCCUCCUGUGCAGAACGUGGACGGCAGCUGAAGAACUCAAGCUGCUGGACGCACUCCUCGACUGCGGCAUCGGCAACUGGACCGAUGUUGCUAAACAGGUGGGCACACAGACAGCCAGGGAGUGUGAAGCACACUACUUGCAACAUUACAUUUAUGCACCCAACCAUCUGCUCAAAGGUAUUGCCCCCGAGCCAACGUACGAGGAAGGCUGCAGCCUGGCUCCUCUGGCGUACAAAGUUUCAGGGGACCCGCCUCGACCUGCACUCUGCUCGCAGCAGCAGACGGACAUGGCGGGCUACAUGCCGGCCAGGGGAGACUUUUCCUGCGAGUUCGACAACUACGCCGAGAUGGACCUGACGGACCUGGACUUCACGCAGUGCGAGGACGACUUGGACAGAGAGCUGCAGCUGGCCAUGGUGGAGGUGUACCGGUCACGGCUGCGAGAGCGUGCGAGGCGCAAGUGGCUGGUGCGGACGCACGGGCUCGUCAGUGUCCAGCGCACGAGCCAGAGCUGGCGCCGCUACGGCAGCACCCUCGGGGAGCGCACAAGCUCCCUGCUCGCGCGCUUCAUGCAGCUCUUCCCGCCGGACGAGUUCGAGUUCUUCGUCGAGGGGCUGCACAGUGAGCAGCUUCUGAAGCAGCAGGUGAAGCUGCUUCAGGAGUCCAGGCAGGCGGGCCUCACGAGGCUGGACAGCAUCCACCUGUACAAGCAGUGCAGUCGCUGGAGGGCCGCCCACCGUCCCAAGCACACGGCCUUCAAUGAGCUGCUCUCGCACAUCAAGGACGAGACGUCGACCCAACUCUGGCUGCAGAAACAACUGGUGAAGGAUGCCUGCAUGUCUCCAACGUCUCCCAGGCUACUUGGUCGUCGUCGUGCCCCGCCGUUGCAAGUGGAAGGUCUGCUCGGCUACGAGAAGCUGACACCCAACGAACGCGAGCUGUGCGCAAACCUUCGGCUGGUUCCGGAGACGUACUUGCUCUUCAAGUCCCUGCUCAUCAGCGAGUACGAAAAGCUGGGCUGCCUGCGGCUGGCCAACGCCAGGGCAAUCAUCAAAAUAGAUGUCAAUAAGACCAGGAAGAUUUACGACUUUCUGGUGGCCGAAGGGGUGGUUAGGAAGGAACGUGCCUGACAGCGCCCCCUGUGUGAGAGUGAAGACAUGUGACUGGCAGAACUGGACUGCACUCGCCGGGAGGGAACAAAUUGUAGCUGUGUGAACGAUUUUUAAAGGACUCCAUUGCUGGUUGGUCGCUAUGUUGAAUAAGAUUAUUUUUAAUUUUCUAAAUAAAGUGCGAGCAAAGCA